AUGCCGUCUAUCAAGGCUUUGUUUGUUUCCGCGCUCGUUUCGAGCACCCUUGCGGCCCCCCUCAUCACCCACCUUGAGAACAAAGAAAACGCUGCAAGUGUCUUCGACGAGAACCCUAGAGCUUCUCUGGUGACCCGCGAGAUUGAAGCCAGCGCGGACUACGCUGAUCUCGAGACACGCAAUCAGGAGUAUGAGGAAUCCACCUCUGAUGGUCUCUCUGCUCGAGGUUUAGAGGAUGCCGAAGAGUCCCCCGGCCUUGAGGCGCGGGACUUGAAGGAAGUCAGCGAGGUCUACUCGACCUUCCAGUCCCGUGACUUGGCCGCGGAUGAUGAACAGUACGACCGCCUUGAGACGCGCGCGCAGAAGAAUUCGGGUUCGGGCUCGUCAUCUUCGUCGGGUCGUUCCAAGUCGGCCUCGGGCUCGUCAUCUUCAUCGGGUCGGAGCUCGUCGGGCCGGGGCUCGCCGGGUACCUCGUCGGGCCGGACCAGCAGCAACAGCAAUAACAAUAACAAACCCGACAAGGCUAGAGUAGCCAAGGAGAAGGGCGAGAUCAAGGAUAUUCAGAAGGCCCAGAAACAGGAACAUGCCGGCGCUAGGAAGGCGGAAGACAAGGAGCGGGGUGAAGUUGCUGACGCCCGCGCGAAGGAGAAGAGCGCUAAAACCCCUCAAGACAAGGAAGCGGCUAAGCGGAAGAAGGCUGAGGAGCAGGGAGAACUCAAGGAUGUAAAGAACAAAGAUCAGAAGGACAAGGCCCGUCUCCAAUCCCAAAAGGAGAAGGAGAAGCAAGAGUUGAAGGACGCCAAGAACGGCAGAUUCGUUGAGACGCCUGCCACGUCGCAGUCUCGUGGUAACUCUGUUAGUAGCAAGUCGGGCACUCAGAAGGACUACCAGAACCCCAACGACUACAAGCAUCCCAACUCCCAGACCAGGGACAACAACGGCUACUACUCGAAGCAGACCCAGAAGGACGAGCGGGAGAUCAGUCAACUGCAGAGAGAACGCUCCCAGCAGGAUAAACAGAUCAAGCAAUAUGAGUACAAAAGUGGCCAGAGCGACGAAAAGAUCAAGAAAGGAGAGUACAGAAAGAAUGAGGACGGUCAGACUAUUCGCAAGGAUGAGUCCAAUAAGCAACGCUACAAUGAUCAAAUCCGGAACGAUGUGAAAGCCAAGAACAACAACGGGAACGGAGACGACAGGAAAUACGACCAAAACAUCCGUGACGAGCAAGAACGACGCAGUCGCGCGGACAGACAGAUUCGCGAGGCGGAGAAUGACACGACCAAGCAAGACAAACUGAUCAGGGAUGAGGAGACCCGCCGCACCAAUUUCGAUAAACAAAUCCAUAAUGAUCAAAUCAAGAAAGACAAGUACGACACCAGCAUCCAGGGUUAUGAGAAGCAAAUGAGGGAGCUGGAUCAGCAGCAACGUAGGGAGCAGCAACGUAAGGAGGAUGAGGAGAGACGUCGCUACGGCGGGUACUAA